GGCUCACUCGAAUCCAGAACGUUGAUGAAGAAAAGUCUAUGGGUGCCAAUCUCUGGACCGUAGUUUUAUCCAAAAGAGGGACAUUAUUUGUGGUCUGAAUUUCGCAAAAGCUAACUUAGAUUUUGUUUAAUCAGUGAAGCUUCAUAGGCUAACCAUAUCCCCAAAGGCUGCCUCUGCCCAACUGCUGGCGCCAGGCUGAAGUGGAGUGCGCAACGAGUAUUGUCCUGUUGUGGGGCACUAAGUGCGCGACACAUCCACUGCUUCUCCGCGAGUCUGUAGACAAGUGUAGAGCGACACGAGAGGAACAGUAUUGUAAGAAAAAUAGCGCUUUCCUCGAAGAGACUUAUUUGUGAAGCUCCUCUUUCUGCCGGCGGCGCCCCCUGCAGUUGUGGAUGUGGUAUGACCCUGUGUGGCAGGAAGGUGUUGACAGUGCUAAGCAGCGUGUUCGCUGUGUGCGCCCUGGGCCUGCUGGGCAUCGCUGUCAGUACUGACUACUGGCUCUAUCUGGAGGAGGGUGUCAUUCUGCCCCUCAAUCAGAGCACUGAGUUACGCAUGUCCCUGCACUCGGGCCUCUGGAGGGUCUGCUUCACAGCUGGAGAUGAGAAAGGCCGUUGUUUCACCAUUGAGUAUGUGAUGCCCACCAACGUGCAGCUGACGUCGGAGUCUACAGUUAGUGUGCUGAAGAUGAUCCGUUCAGCCACUCCCUUCCCCCUGGUUAGUCUCUUCUUCUUGUUCAUUGGAUUUGUCCUGAGCAACAUCGGACAUAUCCGGCCCCACCGCACCAUCCUGGCCUUCAUCUCCGGAAUCUUCUUCAUCCUCUCAGGUCUGUCUCUGGUGGUGGGCCUGGUGUUGUACAUCUCCAGUAUUAAUGAUGAGAUGUUGAACAGGACAAAGACCAACGAGGCCUACUUCAGUUACCAGUAUGGUUGGUCCUUCGCUUUCGCUGCCAUCUCCUUCCUGCUCACUGAGACGGCCGGCGUCAUGUCCGUCUACCUGUUCAUGAAGCGCUACACGGCCGAGGAGAUGUACAGACCCCACCCGGGCUUAUAUGGGCCACGCCACAGCAACUGCUCCGACUACUCUGGUCAGUUCCUCCACCCGGACACCUGGGACCAGCACGGCCGCAGCCCCUCCAGCAUCUCCAGCGAAGCCUCGCUCCAGAUGAACCACUCCCUCCACUCCAACUACCCAGCGCUCCUCAAGUGUCCCGAGUAUGACCGCAUGUCCUCCUCCCCAUGCUGAGGCCUGCGUGAAGCCCUGGAGCCUGGGCAGUGGGUUGUACACACAUCCCCAGGAAGGGAGAGUCUGGCUGAGGUGGUAGACUAGGUUGUUCAGUCUGGAGGAGGGCGAUUGGGGGGGCUGAUGGGGAGGCGCCUAGGCUGGCUUUUGUGAGAGAGGGGGGGUGUAUCUUUUUCCAUGUGUGUGACGACCUCUUUUGAAGUCUUCUUGUAGUGCAGUUUUCUGAAUUUUGACACAUUUGGGAGAUGGCGACCAUGUCUGGUUUUACUCAAAGUACAGUAGAAGUAGUGAUUCUCAAUCAGACCUUGUUCACCUUCGCCGUACAGUACGUUCUCCAUCUUGGUCAAUAUAGAAGCCGAUAUCUCCCCGGUAACCCACGUAGGUCUUCUGUCAACUGUAUAACCUGUAAGAUAAUAUACUAUAAGUGGGUAGAUUGAAAGUGAAAAGUUUCUCUCUUUAUUAUCUAUUUAUUUUGACUGUGGGUUUAAUCGUCCCGUCAGAGAGCAGGAUGUUUAUUACACGUCAUUUAUCAAUUUAAAUCUUCUUUUCUUCGUCCAUCUCACGCUCAGCACUGUUGUACUGUUAAUAAAGACAGAGAUAAUGUUUGUAUAUGUUUGAAUGGAAAGAAACAAGGAAGCUACUACAUCCAUGGAGUCCAAAUGGAGUCCCUGCAGAAUUACAGGAUGUACAUAAUG